UGAAUUCUAAGAGUAGAACAGGCAUUGAAAAAGAGAUUGGCUUAUGAUUGUCUAAGUUGGAGAAGAAGUUGAAUUCUAGAAAAGGGAAGUCACCCGGAUCAUAUAUGAACAUUUUGAACGAGUUUAAGGGUGUUGAAGAAGCAAAAGAGAUGGAUGAGACAUUAAUGUUUAAGAAAAAAUUUAAGUUCAGGAAUUCUAGGAGUUUGAGAAGUGAUGCGAAGGGUUUUCAGGUAUGAGGGUUUUCACUUUUCAGGUAUGAAGGAUAAUUCAACGUAUGAGAAAAAGAAGAGUGGUAUAGCAAGUGCAAAUCAUGAUUCAAUGGGAGUCGGGAACACUGACAAGAGGUUUGGUACUGGCCUGGAGAAGAGUCAAAGAGGGCCUUUGGUUGAAGUUAUGAAGUUUAGAGAAACAAAAGAUAUAGAGGCACUAAAGUUGCAGAACCUUGCAAAAGGAAAGCAGGAAACUACCAUGAAAUUUGAUAAAGAUUCUGGUUGGGGUGGAAUGGUUCAUCAGCGAACAUAGUUAGUAGUGAUCUAUCAGAUAUCAAGUCUGAUUUGUUGUGGCUGAAGCUUCCUUACGUUUUGGUAUAUUAUUGAAA